AUGCACCCCCAGGGCUCCCAGCACACGAGCUCCUCUGGCUCCGGCUCGGGCUCGGGCUCGGGCUCUACCCAGACAUCAAGCUCCCAGUCUGGAUACUACCAAAGCGAGCCUCGUACACCCUAUGGCCCCAGGUACCAGCAAUCCACCAACCCGAGUUCCAGUGACAGUAGUGUUGCAGGCCUGACCAAUCUUUUCAGAGGAUUGAAUCCUCGCCCCAAGUUCAACGGCCCAAAGGGCACCGCGCCCGUUCAAGUGAACGCAAACAUGGACUGGUCGAAUACCAACCGUCCGUACAACAGCCCAUUUAUCCUGGUCCCUAAUUCCACCGUUUUCAAUGGCGUUCCGACCGUCUCUUCCUUUGUUCCCAACGGUGUCUCUGGUCAGAAUGAUCAGAUGGGUCAGUUUUCUUACCUUCCCACGGGAGUUUAUCCCAACGUCAACCCUGUGGUUGGUGGAUAUUCGUCGUGGCCCUAUAUGAUGAACUAUGACAUGCACGAUGGGACAACAAACAAGCAAGCUACAUUCAUUACUAUCCCCCCCGCUCUUGUUUCUGCCAUGGAUGGCGGUUACUCUUAUGGGGGUAUGAUUGCCUCCCAGCUUGGGUCGCUCUCGCUCCCCCUCCAAAUGAUGAAGACCCCCAACGGAUACGUCAUUCAAGACCUGGAGGCUUUGACUCAACAAGAGCCUGCCAUCCCACGUGCGGUGCCUGCCAUGUGGACAAACCCAUCUGAGCUGACACUCGCCAAGUGUCUGGAGAACCGCGAGGGUAUAACCAAUGUCUACAUCCGAGGAUUCCUGCCCGAGACUACUGAUGAGAUGCUGCAUGCCUACGCGGCCCGUUUCGGAAAGAUCGAGCGUUGCAAGGCGAUCGUGGACCUGGACACCAGCCUUUGCAAAGGAUUCGGUUUCGUUCAGUAUUAUAGCUUCGAAUCCUGCGAGAAUUGUAUUCGCGGUUUCUUUUACCUCGGCUACCAAGCUAGCUUCGCCCAGAAAUCUCGCAACUCUCGCCUGAAGGAUCUGGAGGACAAGUCUUCUACCAAUAUAUAUUGCACCAACAUUCCAAUCGAUUGGACUGAAGCUGACCUACGUCGUCAUUUCGAGCCGUGGCGUGUUGUAUCAGAGAAAAUCAGUCGUGAUGAGAAGACAGGUGUGAGCAAGGAAGUGGGCUUUGCACGCUUCGAAAACCGUGAUGUUGCCGAAAAGGUCCUGGCGGAAUUCCACAACGUCACCAAGGACGAUGGGGUGAAGCUGCUUCUGCGCUUUGCUGAUACCAAGGCCCAAAAGAUUCUGAAGCAGCAGAGUAACGAACGUCGUGCCUACCGCGCCGGAGAGUACAAUUACUCGGUUGAAGUGGUUCAGGGAUCUACUCCCUCCCCUGGAAUGAAACGUGGCUCUCAUCUUACUCCAAACUCUCAAGUCAGCUACACCUCUCCAGCUGGAGUGGGCUCUAACUGGACCCCAGCAACCUCAAUCUCUCCUUGCCACCCGCACAUGAAGAAUCCAUCCAGCAGUGCACGGAGCAGUUCCUUGUCCUCCCGGAGCCUCAAUGCUCUUGACCACACGCCCGCCUAUCGCAGUCGAGCCUUGUCCUUGAGCCGUCGCUCUUACACUGAUCUCUCUGGCGGUUCUUCCAAGACUGUCAUGCCCGGCUCGCCGACUAUGGGAACUCGCAAAGAGAACAUCAGAGCGGGAUCUGUAUCCCCCGCUUCAUCUUCUCCCAUGAUCGUUCUCUCCCCGGCUCGCUCGUGCAAGUAA